CGAUAGAUCGCCCUGCCACCGCUAUUUAGUAUACGUGGAUUUUUAAGACAACUUUCUCGGCCAAACACACAAAAAAAGUAGAUCCCUAUGAGAAGCGUCAACUGAACCGGCCCAGAAUUCCCCUGCUAGCCAACAAACGGUGUUUGCCAGCGGUCUUCCCAAUUAGAUGUGCCUGCUUCGCAGUCAGAGCUGAAAAACCCGAGUGCACACAGCCCCCUGUCCCUGCCCUUUGUCCGGUCGAUUGUGAUAUAUUAUUGAUAAUGGCUCACACACGCCGUCCCAGCGACGGCCUAUUGGCCCGUGUGAACUUUCCGCUUUACGCCGUGGACAUGCUGACCAGCCGCCACAUCUUGGUUGCCGGAGGCGGUGGCUCCAGUAAGACGGGAGUGGCGAACGGCUUUGAGAUCUACGAGCUGUACCACAACGGCAGCCACUUCUGCGCGGAGGAGGUGCUGCGCCACGAGACCGGCUCCAAUGUGGUGAUGAACUUCGCGGUGCGCAACGGCAGCCGUAGGGGCUACUUGUGCGCCGGCCAGGAGGCGCACUGCCAGAUGUACUACGUCCAGCCCCGCGUUCAGUCUGAGGAUAAUGGGAACGGAAACGGAGUUGGCGACGGAAAGCCGUCGCCGGCAGAGCGGCCCCACGAGAACGGCAGUGUGCGACAGCGAAACGCGCACUCGGGUGUAGAGCCAGUGACCAAUGGGCAGAAGCCACCGCUCUCCACCGCCGACAUAUUGCGCCAAUUCCAGCGGCUGCAGUUUGACAUCCAGACGGCGGAUGUGGUGCAGACGGACUUCCUCAAGGGCGCCGAGCCUCUCCAACGGGUGGUGCGCAUCAGUGGUAACGGUCGUCUGAUGGCCACUGGCGGAACGGACGGAAAGCUGCGGGUUUGGACUUUUCCCCAGAUGACCUUGUCCACCGAGUUGGCAGCGCACAGCAAGGAAAUCGACGACCUUGACUUCAGCCCUGACAGCAAGGUCAUCGCCAGCAUCUCAAAGGAUGCCCAGGGCUUAGUAUGGGACCUCGCCAGUGGCCAGCUGCAACACAAGCUGGAGUGGAAAACGCCAGAUGGGACCAAGUACCUGUUCAAGCGGUGCCGUUAUGGGACCGUGGAAGCGCAGAAGGACCACUACCGUCUCUUUACCAUAGCGAAUCCACUGGGUAAGGUGGGCAGGCAGCGUGGGUUCUUGCAGCACUGGGAUUGUACGAACGGGAAACUGCGCCAGGCCGUUGCGAUCGACGAAAGCCUGUCGUCACUGGCGGUGCGGGACGACGGUCGGUUCGUGGCCGUUGGCAUGAUGUUCUCGGGAAGCGUCUCUAUGUAUAUAGCAUUCAGUCUGCAGCGCGUGCUCCACAUUCCCCAUGCACACUCCAUGUUUGUAACGGGUCUUCAGUUCCUGCCUAUAACAAACGAGGAGGGACCGCCCAUCUCCAGCGACACGGAGGCAGCCGUUCUAUCUAUUUCCGUGGACAACAAAGUCUGCAUCCAUAGUCUGCCCCAAAGGCGUACUAUCCCCGCCUGGAUUGCCAUAGCCUUUUUGAUCGCCAUGAUUUUCGUCGUGUUUGUGCUGUGCUCCUACAUGGGCAUCUGAUGUUCAAAGGUCCAAGGAGAGUUCAUCAAUUUGCAUUAUUAGUUUGUAAACACGGGUUUGUUUAUCGACAGGCCACAACUCUCUUCUACACUCCACCACGUCCCACCCCCUCAUGUUAAUUAUUUUAAGUGUAUAGUUUAUUCCGCCUGCCUUAUUUCUAAUACUUAUUGCAAUGUUCGCUUAGUUAUAUCAUAAUUUGUUUAUACCUGUAGCCUCGUAACUGAAAAGUAUCUUCUCGGAGAGCUUUGUCAGUUGUAAAUGAUUUUUUUAAUUAAUUGGUAUUUAAUUAAAUUAUAUAAAGCAAACAAGUAAAUGGAAUGAAGAAGAAAUAUAAAUUCAUAAUCAGA